AAGCCGACGUUCUCAGCCUCCAGCGCGGCCGGCCCUGUGCGCCGCGCGCUCGCGGCCUCGCGCCGUCCGUGCCCGCUGGGCUUAACUCCUUCCCGGACAGGGCUAAGCCGGCCUCUGGCAGCUGGAGCGACGGGGAGUCGUGUCUAGCAGUCUGGUUACUGUGUGCCUCGAGGUGUUCCGUGGCGUGCCUGUGUGUGGUAUUUGGGCUGACACAGAAAAGCGGCGAAUCCGAAUGCUCCAGGGACUGCACAGGACUGAGUCCAUAUGGAAGAAGAACUUCCCCUUUUCUAUGGAGAAAGUGGCCAGCCAUUACUGGCUAUUCUCUCAUCAUUGAAGAUGUUAGAUGUGGGAAAGUGGCCAAUUUUUUCCCUUUGUUCUGAAGAAGAACUGCAGUUAAUUCGUCAGGCUUGUGUCUUUGGCAGUGCUGGCAAUGAGGCUUUAUAUACCACAAUAAAUGAUGAGAUUUUUGUGCUUGGCACAAACUGCAGUGGCUGUCUGGGUUUAGGUAACAUCCAGAACACCAUUGAACCUCGGAGACUGGAUUCCUUAAGUGGCAAAAAGAUUGCCUGCCUCAGCUAUGGAAGUGGCCCACACAUCAUCCUGGCAACAACAGAAGGAGAAGUCUUUACCUGGGGUCACAAUGCUUAUAGCCAGUUGGGCAAUGGAACAACGAAUCAUGGUUUAGUACCCUGUCAUAUUUCUACUAACUUGUCAAAUAAGCAGGUGAUUGAAGUUGCCUGUGGGUCUUACCAUUCUUUGGUCCUAACUUCUGAUGGAGAGGUGUUUGCCUGGGGUUAUAAUAACUCUGGGCAGGUAGGCUCUGGAUCAACAGUGAAUCAGCCCAUCCCUCGAAGAGUCACUGGUUACUUGCAGAACAAAGUUGUGGUGAACAUAGCGUGUGGACAGAUGUGUUCAAUGGCUGUUGCGGACACUGGAGAGGUCUAUGUCUGGGGGUACAGUGGGAACGGACAGCUGGGACUGGGAAGCACUGGUAACCAGCCAACCCCUUGUCGAGUGGCUGCACUGCAGGGCAUUCAUGUUCAGCGGGUUGCCUGUGGCUACGCACACACAUUAGUAUUAACAGAUGAAGGUCAAGUGUAUGCUUGGGGUGCAAAUUCUUAUGGCCAGUUGGGCACUGGCAAUAAAAGUAACCAGUCCUAUCCUACCCCUGUCGUUGUGGAGAAGGACAGGGUCAUAGAGAUUGCAGCCUGUCACUCCACUCACACGUCUGCGGCCAAGACCCAGGGUGGGCACGUGUACAUGUGGGGCCAGUGCCGGGGCCAGUCCGUCAUCCUCCCUCACCUCACCCACUUCUCCUGCACAGACGACGUGUUUGCGUGCUUCGCCACCCCGGCUGUCACUUGGCGCCUCCUCUCUGUGGAACCUGAUGACCACCUCACAGUUGCUGAGUCAUUGAGGAGAGAAUUUGACAACCCAGACACUGCAGACCUCAAGUUUCUGGUUGAUGGAAAAUACAUUUAUACACACAAAGUCCUUCUCAAAAUUAGGUGUGAGCAUUUUCGUUCUUCCUUGGAAGACAACGAGGAUGAUAUUGUAGAAAUGAGUGAAUUUUCCUAUCCUGUGUACCGAGCCUUCCUGGAGUACUUAUAUACAGACAGCAUCAGCCUUCCUCCUGAGGAGGCAGUAGGAUUGCUAGAUUUGGCCACAUUUUAUAGAGAAAAUCACUUGAAAAAACUCUGCCAACAAACUAUCAAGCAAGGAAUCUGUGAGGAGAAUGCCAUUGCUCUGCUCUCCACUGCUGUGAAAUACGAUGCCCAGGAUCUGGAAGAAUUCUGCUUCAGGUUUUGCAUAAACCAUCUGACUGUAGUAACACAGACUUCAGGUUUUGCAGAAAUGGAUCAUGAUCUCCUGAAGAACUUCAUCAGCAAAGCUAGCAGAGUUGGAGCCUUUAAAAAUUAAUUCCCACCUACAAGAAGGGAGUUUUUGAGCAUUUCCUUUCUUCCUGCAAAUAAAAAAGAAAAGAAAAAGAAAAAAAAGUUCUUAAUGGACAGCAUUUAUGAUGAGCUACAACCAGAUGAAUUCUUGUGUCAUCAGGAUGGUAGUCUUCUCCAUCUACCUAAAUCUGAAGUUUACAUAGAGAGCAUCCAGUGCCCUGAUCAGAUGUGAUUAUACACA